UUAGUUUGAACACAAUGAAUGUGCCUUGUGGUGAGAAUCAAUACACCCAGAGAAAGCAUUGCCGCAGACUACCAUACGAUUGCUACCGUGUCCCAAAAUGUUCAUAUGCAUAUUUGGGAUGUGUCCUUGCGCAUCAGCGAUGUUAGUUUAAUAAGAAACGUACAUUCUUAUCCCCAAUAAGAAGCGUCUUUUUGCAAUGGUUGUCGUCUAAGAUCACACAUAGAGCAGACGCCAUGGGACUGAACAGAGUGAUCGCAUUGCUCCUGCCAGUCGUUAUGGUAGCGACUGUUGCCUCAGCCACACCGUUACCUUUCCUGAAAAAGCGACCGAGUCUUGAUAUUCUGAAACAAUAUGGGAAACACUCUGGCAUCGACAUCGGACAAGAGAUCCACAAGAUGCAUCUCAGGCAGCGAAUCGGGGUCCUGGAUGCCCGAAAAUAUAGUAUUGACGAGAUAAGUGACACCGACGAAGUAAGUGUUUUGAAGAAACCUCCAGGGCUGUUUGACGAUACCGACAUCAAAGAUGCAUUUUCAACACAGGGGGUGGGAGACAGGAUGCCAAGUAGUACCGAGCUAGAUGACUUAGAUCAGGAACUGCAACAAGUUGACUACUCCUUGCUGGCACUUGAGCUUCAAGAGCUUACUUCACCUGCUGGGAACUCUGAUGGUUCUGCAACUUCAGGUUUGAUGGGUUUUGAAGACGAACUGAUCCUCCUGACGUCUUCAGGUAUGCCUAGUCCUAAGAGGCCCGAGCAUUAUCCAACUGCAGGUGUCUUCACCCAUCUUAACAAUGAGAUAAGCUUAUCUGCAGAGGAUCUAGAAUCACAGCUGCAGCAUCACGCUCAAAGUUUGGACGCAGAGUUGCAAAGCCUGUCUGACUCUGACAUUACAAAUGAAGGCGAUGGAUCUGAGCAGUCUGGAAGUGGAGAAGGAUAUCUGGAGUAUCACCCGUCACUUGACAACAACGACAACAUGGUGGUGUCGACUUCGCAACAUAUUGAGGAUCAUCCGAGUGUUCCAAAUGACGACCACCUUGCAGAAGUGUCUGGAAGUGGCGAAGGAAAUCUGGAAUAUCACCCGUCACUUGACAUCGACAACAAAAUGUCGGUUUCGAAUUCGGUACAUAUUGAGGAUCGUCUGAGCAUUCCAAAAGAAUUCAAUCGUGAAAGAGUUUCCUCUGGCGCUAUGCUGAGUGGUUCGGGUGAUCUAUCUGGUUCCAUUGUAACCACAGACAGUUCGGUACAUGAGGAGUUGACAUUCACUAGUUUGCCACAGACCGACAUCAAAGACCCGCCGAAACUUGUACUUUCAAUUGACCAACAAGACAACCAACAGAGUGUGAGGAUUCUCGACUCAUCAAUGAGUGGUUCACACUUAGUCCAAAUGACCGAUGGAUAUGGAGGCGUACAGGGGAACGGGAAGGGGACUCUGUCUAUGGAGGAGGGGUUGGAAUUGGAGCUAGAGGGGCUGAGUCUGGUGACUGAUAGCAAUGCGUCUGUAGAUGACAGCAAGGAGGAGAAUGAUGCCGGCUCAGGAUGUGGUACCGGUACCGGUACUGAAGCAUUCGUGCCGGCUCUUAGUACUAUGAUACCAGCACCUAGCGAUCCAGGUACCCAUGGCGAUUACGGCAUGUUAACACCAAUUCCAUCAAUAAGACCAAUGACUAUGGACAAUGGAUGUCUGAAUGAUCAAAUGGCCUGUCGUGAUGGAGUACAGUGCGUACCUGUUGAGAACUUCUGUGACUUAGUCAAAGACUGUGAAGAUGGUUCAGACGAGGACCCUUCCAUUUGUGCGUCAUCCAGAAAUUGUGGACCAGAGCUUUUCAAAUGCGGUCCGAGUGCUCAGUGUGUCAGUCAAGUCGACAGGUGUGAUGGAAUCUACCAUUGCUCUAAUGGGGAAGACGAAAAAGAUUGCAAGACCUGUACGGAUCUCCACGGUGAGAUGCAUGUUCUCACGCCGGAGGAUUUUUGUGACGGUGUGAAGGAUUGUGCAGAUGGAUCAGAUGAGCGCAGAGAAAGGUGCGAGUUGCCAUGUUCACCUGGAUAUCGUAAAUGUAAAGAUGGCUUGCAGUGUGUGAAGGAAGAACUCUUCUGCAACGGAAUUUACAGUUGUCACGAUAUGUCAGAUGAAAUAGAUUGUGGUCGGACACCGAGUGAAUGUCAAGACUUCGGUAUGUUUGCAUGUGAUGGUCUGUGUCAUCCCAUGUCAGCUAUGUGUGACUCUACAUAUGACUGCAGCAGUGGCAUUGACGAAGACGGCUGUGAUCCAUGACGACAGGACGAAGCGGUCGGGCAUGGAAACAAGAAGCAACAUCUUUACCAUUCCAUGAACUCCUAGACAUUAUUAUAAUAUUGAUUUAUUAGGUUGAACUACUGUAUCAUUAAAUUUAAAAACAGAUUAAGUGUUAUUAAUUAAUAUUCGCCGUUUGAUCGACUUAAUAAUUUGCACGAGUGCCAAAACACACAUUUUUAGAAAGUUAAACAGACUUUAAGAAGAAUGUACAGUUUUUAAACGUAGUUCUUGAAUACACUUGGUCCAAGCACUUGUACUUAUAGUUUGAAUUUGGAAUUGGAUUUUUAAAAAUACAAUCUUAAUGUUAUUGUUGUUAUUCUAUACAUAGUGACACGUAUGAAGUUGAGGCAACCAAUACAGACUGAGUCUGUAUUGGUUGCAAUGCCUCUUGGCAAUUCCACAUUGCAUGCAAGUCUAAUUUUGCAAAGAAACUACUGAUUUUCAUGUGACACAUACCCGAGUACAAAGAGUGACGACUUACUUUGAUUGCAGAAUCUUUAAAUAGGCGUUAAAUUA